AUGGAGUGGAGCUCAAUUUGCCUCGUAUUGGGUAUUUCCAUACUCGCGGUGAUAGUUAAGCUAGCUUUUCCCCCUUGGAAUUACCCUAGAAACAUCCCCACUAUUCCCUUUUACGUUACUUUGUUACCGUCAAUUUUUGACGUUGAUCAGGAAGAUGUUUUCGAGCUCUACCUUCGAAAACCGCUUGAAAAAUACGGUGCAGUAAAACUGUUCUUUGGAUCUCGAUGGAACAUCGUUGUUUCACGGCCAGAAUUACUGGCGCAAGUUUUCAAGGAUGAAGAUACUUUUGCAAAAAGCGGAAAUCACAUAAAGAUUCCAUAUGGUGUCAUUUCGGCAUAUACCGGGGAGAACGUUAUUUCUGCUCAUGGUGCAAUAUGGAAACGUUUUCGAAAGGCAAUAACACCAGGGCUCCAAUUUUUUGACCAUAGGCCUCUCGUUAAAAAUGCAAGUCGCUUCUGUGGGCUUAUCGAGACGCAAUUGAUGAAAUGUGAAAAGAUGGCGCCAGCAACAGGAGACGGCGACAAUUCUCGCAGUUCAGGAAGCGCAGAAUUUGAAGUCGCGAUGCCGGAGCUCAUUCAAAGGCUUAGCCUAGCAAAUAUUUCCGAAGUCGCCCUUGGCAUUGAUAUUGGGACAUUGACCAGAGAAAACUCUCAGCUCCAUGUAAAAUUGAAGAACGUGAAGAGCAACAUUUUCAAACCAUUAUACUUGAACUUUCCCAUGCUGGACCGGCUUCCAAUUCCUUCGCGACAGCGAGCUAGGGAGUAUGUUGAGGAUUUUAGGAGAUGUUUGGUUAAAGCUGUUCGGGACAGCAUGAUUGACAAUUAUACUUUUGAACAAACCAAAUUUGCGUCCUCAGAUCUAAUUCGCAGUUUCAACCGCGGUGAAAUUUCUGAAAAGCAACUGAUCGACAACCUGGUCAUCAUCGUUGUUGCUGGUCACGAAAACCCGCAACUGCUUCUUACAACAUGUUUCUACAUGUUUGGGAAACAUGCAAAUUGGCAGGAAUCAGUGCGAGCUGAAGUGCAAGAGUGUGGGGAUAAAAGUCUCGAUGAGCUGCCUCUGCUGAACAGCUUCAUUUUUGAAUGCAUAAGGCUUUAUCCACCUUUGUCCCAAAUCAUCAAUCGGUGCACUACCAAAAAAUGUAUGCUUGGAAAAGAUGUAGUCAUACCUAAAGGGGCAUAUGUCGGUUACAAUAACAUCUCAACUGGAAGAUAUGUUGCUGCGUGGGGCGAGACAGCGAACAAAUUUUUGCCGGAACGCUGGGGAGACAACAUCACGGACAUCAUGAGCGAAUGGAGGCAUAGGAAGAACACCAGCGCUAUGAGCGCCUUCCAUGGUGGCAGGCGUGCCUGCUUAGGAGAGAAACUGGCGUUGAUGGAAGUGCGCAUAACGAUGGCUACCGUACUCAAAACGUUUGAGUGGAGCUUGUCACCAAACUGGGUUGACAAAGUUACGCCUGCAGGUCCUUUGUGUCCAGCAGGUUUGAAAUUAUGUUUUACCAGAAUUGAAGAGAUCGAACAAAGCGAGCGUGUCAGUGAGAGAGCAUCAAUUCAAAGCUGUCCUAAAUGGUGGCAUUCUGCGCGGCCAAUCCAAGCGCCAAAUCGACUUGAUGCCAGAAAAAAGACAUGUUGA